GGUUAAGAGAAAAAGACUCCCACCACUCCUCUCUCUUUCAUCACUUUAAAUUCCCCCAUGAUUUUCUCCUCCAUUUUCUCAUGAAAUUCAAACCGAGUUCUCAGAACCCGCAAUCCGCCGCCUAACCGAGACGAAAACGCUACGCAAAUGAACCAGCAGCCGCCGCCGCCGCCGACGGAAGCGGCGCCGGAAAAGGCGCAACAGAGAUCCUCCUCCGUGGGCGGAUCCCCAGCGUGCGCGGCUUGCAAAUACCAGCGCAGAAAAUGCGCACCGGACUGCCCGCUCGCCCCGCACUUCCCUCCCAGCCGCCACAAGGAGUUCCACAACGCCCACAAACUGUUCGGGGUCAGCAACAUGCUGAAGAUCACAAGGGAACUCAGCCCCGGCCGCCGCUCCCUCGCGAUGAAGACCAUCAUCCACCAGGCCAACGUCCGUGCCCUCGACCCCGUCGGCGGUUGCUACCACGUCAUCCUCGGGCUUCAGCACCAGAUCAAAUCGAUGGAGGCCGAGCUCGACCUCGUCCUUCGCCAGCUCUCCUAUUACCAAGCACAUGCCGCUGCCGCUGCCGUGUUCGCUCCUAAUGGACCUGACGACGAGUUUAUUGGUCUACAGUCCUUGCGGGAAGAGAAAUCGUGUUUGGAUCGGGAUGCGUACAAGGUGUUUGAUGAUUUGUCUGUGAAGAUUGAGAACCACGACGUGGAGUCGUUGAGUUGUACUGCGCCUCUUGGACACGGUAAGGCAGCCUCCGCGCUGUUACAAGAGCACCACUAUCUUCAAUUCAAGCCAACGUACGUUGAUUCUCGUAGACUCUGAGCGGGAAGAGAGGGUUGGAUUGCUUUCCAGUAGUGUUAAUUCAGUGGUAAAAAUUAGGUUAGAUUGGUCAGUCUAACUGUCAUUGUUGCGUUCAUGGAGUUUUUGGUGUUUCUGGGGGUAAUGGCGUAGUGCAUAUAUGAGUUUGCGAAUUCGGAUACAUACUUUGAUUUGUUCUUUCUUGCAUUGGGAGUCUCCUUUAACAGCCAAUUCAACCUCCGUAAAUACAUUGAUCGAAAGCGUGCCUGAUUGACUGAACACAUAUGAUAAGGCCAGAAUCCUUGGACGAAUUCAGUGUGUUGCAGAGUCAUUGAGCCGCUGAACCACAUUCAGGGCGGGAUAGGUUCAAAUCUCCAGAUCGUGACUGUUAUUUUUAUAAGGGUUAAUACCCUAGUUUGGCCCGAAGUUUAGCGUAAAUGACAGUUCUGGCCCCAUUUUUCAAAUAAGACAUUUAUGGCCUACUUUUGAAAUUAUUGGACAAAUUUGGCUCGAAACUUUUAUUGACUGUUAAUAUUAACGGUCAAACAUCUAUUCCGUUAAUGACUCAGCAUCCAGCGCUGAAGUGGCAAUGAUGUGGCUUCCAUGUCGGUUUAUUUUAUCUUUUUUUUAGUCUGUUUUAGUUAUAAAAAACUUGAAAUAAAAAACUCAACAAAUAAUUCUUAGAUAACAAUUAUUUCGUACCCAGAAUCCCCUUCCCGAAACAAUUCUUCAUCCUCCGACCUUCCAUCGCGGUCGCCGGUCGGCAACGAUUACAAAUUUACAAUCCAUCUGGGAGCGCUCUCCAUCUGCCUCAUCAUCAGCUACUGCAUCGCUCUAUUGGUCGUCUUCCGGGUCCACUCUUCUGAGCUCUCCCCACCACCACCGUCAACGAACGGACCACCGCCGCUGCAGCCGCUCGGCCUAAUUUAGCCCAACAGAAACGACCCCACCGUGUCCAAAAUCGUCGACACUCUACUCUCUCGAGGCAACUAAUCCAUGGUACCCGACCUCGUAUCCAAGUUCGCGGCUGUGGGACUAUUCGACCUACCGGUACUGCGAUUCGGAGAGGGUCGGGGUGCGGAUCGUUACGUCGAGGGUGGACCGGGAGCCUUCGGCGAACGAGGCCGUCCCCUAAGCCACGGAUCCGUCCGGCGGACCUGCAGCAUAGAGAGCGAGAUUCGGAUCGGGACCUGGAUAAAUGUGAGGGCGGAGGUCCCCGAUUGGAAUCUAUAUGACGGGCGCGUGGUGGGGCUAUCGUCAAUAUUCAUCUUCCCAUCGGUAGCCCCUGCAUCUGUCAUCUUCAAUCGUCAAUCGCCCGUGAGUAUACUAUCGGAAAGAAGAUUAGGGAUUUUAUCAGCGAGGGUGAUAGUUGCUGAUGAGAGUCAAGAGAGAAGAAGUUUAGGGAUUUUGACCGAAAUUACUUUAUGGUUUUGAAUUUGUUGCUUUGUUUCAUUUUGUUUUCAAUUUUUUUCAGAAAAGUAAAUAAAUAAUUAUUUAAUGA